CAACAUAAUUGGUCAAUUCUUAUGGUACGUUUUACUGUAUGUCAAUUGCCUGUAUGAAAGCCUUGCGCCGAAGUUUGCAAAUCAGCUGAUCGUCGAAAUCCAAGUGCCGAAUCAAAAACAAAAGAAAGAGAGCGUGAACAGCUGAUCAGAUGUGGCUUUGAAACAAGUAUGGGGAUUUGAAGGGCAGGUUAGGACCGCACACUUGUACCGAUCAUGGAAUCAUCGAAAGAAGAAGUACAGACCGACGCUGCGUUGAUCGAGAGCCUGACGGCGGAACAAGGCUCGCGAUGCGAAUCACCGAAGCGCGGUACCACGUUGUCCACCAGCACGAGCAGCUUCGAGGCCCUGGACCCGCACGAUCCGAAUCUGAGUCGUCUGGCGAACACCAUGUUUCAGAAGACCGGUGAGUACCUGCAGGAGGAACUCACGGCCACUCACGCGGACUACAGAUUACUGGAGCGCCUGAACAAGGAGACGAUCGCGAAGUACACGGAACUGAAGAUCAUAUCGUCGAACGUGGUGCAGUCGUUAGACUCGUUGAACGAGAAGUAUCACAAGCUGCAGCCUAUCCUUGACAAUAUCAAUCAGAUCGACGAUAGCGUCAGCAAGUUGGAGCAAGCCGCUUACAAGUUGGCAGCGUACUCCAAACGACUGGAGGCCAAGUUCAAGGACUUGGAGAAGGACAUGAAGAGCAAAUGAGGAGUUGUAAUAAUGAAGAUGCAAGGCUCAUAUGUGUAUUUAUAUGUAAUAAGAUGUAAUUAGGUCUUAAGUGCUAAUUAAUAUGGACAAUUAUAUAGAAAAGAAGGAAAACUAGCUGAGCAACAGUAAAAUACCUCUCUCUUUUGUACAGUA